ACGUAAACAUAAACUUCCUUCGUAAACAUGGCUGACGUGGAUUUUCACGGAGACCAAGAUGAUCUCAACGAUGUACCUUUGGAAGGGGACAUGACUGUACCUUUAACAGCCGGUGACGGGAACGAUGAUGAGUUAUCUACCUUAGAUGAGCCAGUAAAAGACACUGUGCUUCGUGACCUGAGAGCUGUAGGAGUUAAAUUCUUCCAUGUUCUCUAUCCAAAACAGAGUACUGUCUUGCUACGAGAAUGGGAUUUGUGGGGUCCUCUCAUUUUAUGUGUGUUCUUGGCUUUGAUGCUUCAGAGUUCACCACAACACCUUGACCAGCAGUUAUCUGGUGGACCAGAAUUUUCUGAGGUGUUUGUCAUAUUUUGGGUUGGAUCUGUAGUUGUAACUCUAAAUUCUAAAUUACUUGGUGGAAAUAUUUCAUUCUUCCAAAGUGUGUGUGUUCUUGGCUACUGUGUCACACCACUUGCCAUUGCACUUACAAUUUGCCGCUUGAUUCUCCUUGCUCAUCAGACGACAGCUCUCUUCAUCGUUCGCUUUUGUAUUAUUUUCCUUUCCUUCGGAUGGUCUACAUUUGCUGCCACUGCCUUCCUGGGAGAUAUCCAAUCACACAGGAGGAAAGUACUUGCCAUGUACCCCAUAUUUCUGUUUUACUUUAUCAUCAGCUGGUUGGCUAUUUCACACACAAGCUAAUGGAUACUACAACUACUACUUCUGAGAGAAUCACACACAAACAGAGACUAUUUUACUGACAAUGCUUCAUCAUCCUUUGACAUCAGGAAUAUUAAUAUUAUGUGUCGCAUCUGUGUUUCUUCUCACCGGUGUCAUACUGGUCUGGAAAAGAACAAGAGCCUAUGCCUAAAUAUUGAUCCAAAAUGUUCAAUAUUUCUGUCAGUUGCAUGUAAGAGCCUGGGAGAUUUUGGUAUCAUGUUUUUGUUUUUUUUACUCAAAGCAUACAACUGACUUCUUAUAUAUAGUUUAUUAUGUGUAAACAUAACAAACAUUGUUCUGGGGCCUGACUUUUGUAACAUAGGAAUGCCUGAACUUCUAUGGUCAUGUAUUACUGCUCAAAACCAUUCCAUCUUAUAUACAUAUAAAACAUAUAAAUAUGAAAUAUAACAUACAUACAUGUGUUGGUAUAAUAUAUGUAACACAUACACACACAUGUAUAAUGCACUAUAUAUAUAUAAAAUAUUUAUAUAUGUAAUAAUAUAUAAUUUACUAUUUAUCUUCUUUAACUAUAUAUAUAUCUAUAACAUAUAUAUAUAAAUAUUGUAUAUAUAACUGCAUAUGUAUAUAAAUGAUUAAUUGUUUAUCUUUUAAUAUUUAUUUCAUAUAUUUUAAUUGUAUUGGAUUAUUAAAAAGAAUAUAUACCCACACACACAUAUAUAUGUGUGCCUACACUAUAUAUUCUGUAUAUUUGGUAAUGGUAGAGGAAGGGGCAUUACAAAUUCAGCUCAUUUUCAUUUGAUAGUUCCCAUAGGAACAGUAAUUUCAGCUGCUGUGAAGCUUGACAAGUCUAACAUUUCAACCCUUUUUGCUGUUCAUCUGAAAGUAAAGAACCUUGAGAAACUAUUAUCACUGUGGUUGCUUGCUAGAACAAAAAUAAGACCAACACACCAUUUGUUGCACCUCUUCUCACAACAGUUAGAACUUCUCAAAUUCUUCUGUAAACUAAUGGUUAUCCAGGUAUAGGAAGCACCAGUUUCCUUGGAUUCAAUCUCUUCACGUCACUUUCAUUUGGUUUAUUUGAUCAGCUAAUUAGGAUAGAACAUACUCAAAUUGAUUAGUUUUAUUUUACUAUAUUAUCAACAAGGAAGAAAACUGGCAGAAUUGUUAGAGGGUCAAACAAAAUGUUUAGCUACAUUUCUUCUGACUCUUUCUAUUCCCAGUUCAAAUUCCACUAAGAUCAACUUUACCUUUCACCUUUUUUGGGGGGUCAAUAUAAAUAAAGUAUCAGUUGAAUAUUGAGGCCAAUGCAAUCAACUGUCCUCUUCCCGUGAAUUUCAGGUCUUGUGCCUGUAAUAAGAAGAAUUACUAUUAUUAAUGUUUAUGAGACAGUAACUUGACAGAAUGAAUCAUUAGUGCACUGAACAAAAUGCUUAGCAGCAUUUCUUUCUGCCUUACAUUCUGAGUUUAAGUACUGUUGAGGUCAACUUUGCCUUCCAUCUUUUCAGAGUCAAUCAAAUAAGUACCUAAAGUUGAUGGCCAUAUGCCAAAAUUUGUAUCAAUUAUCAUCAUCAGUAUUAUUAUUAUUGAAAAAGGCAUGAACCUCACAAAUGCUCAUUGGAAAAGACAUAACUACAAUUUCUUCUUAAAUCAUGAUUACAUCUGUCCUACUUUACUAUAGUAAAAGAAAUAAUCAUUUUAAAGAUGGCAGAUCUGUUGCUUAUAACUUUGAACCAAACCAAACUAGAUCCUUUCCUGUGAAAAUCUCUGUGCCUUGUUGUGAGUUCAGUACUCACUGGUACCAAACUUUCCUUUCCUUUCCUUUCCUUUAGGUCAAUAAAAAAACAUUGCUUCUUA